GUGAGGGCGCACACACGCACCCCUCUCUUCUCACGGCUCUCCUCUCCCCCCGCCGCCCCUCCUUGGCCCUGCAGGUCUGUCUGCGCCACCGCCCGCGCCGCCGUUCGGCAAUGCUCACAGCUGUCUGCGGCUCUCUUGGGAACCAGUCCUCCGACGCGCCCCGCGCCUCCCCGACCCACCUGGACCUGCAGCCGCUGCAGCCCUUCCAGCCCCACGGCAGCGCCGCGGCGGGCGCCGACUUCGCCUCCCCGCUGCCGCCCCCGGAGCUGCCGCUGGCGGGCCCCGACGCCGCCUUCGCCACCCCCGGCGCCUACGAGCCCCAUGGCCCCCCGCGGCUAGAGCUGCCCCCCGACGGCCCCGCCGCCCCCGGCUCCUACGCCAAGCUGCUGCAGGCGGCCCCGGACAUGGCGCACCCCUACGAGCCCUGGUUUCGGCCCCCCCACCCCGGCCCCCCCGGCGAGGAGGGGGGCGUCAACUGGUGGGACCUCCACGCCGGGGCCAGCUGGAUGGAGCUGCCCCACGGGCAGGGGGGGCUGCAGGUGCCCGCGCCCCCUGGGCUGCAGCCGCCGCUGGGGGGGUACGGCGGGGGCGAGCCCCAGCUCUGCGCGCCCCCCGCCCACCUCCUGCCUCCCGCCCAGCACCUCCUGGGGCCGGAGGGGGCCAAGGCGCUGGAGGGGCCCCCCGAGGCGGAGGGGGGCGGGCGGGCCAAGGGGGGCCGGCGGGCGGUGCCGCGGGGCGGGGGGCAGGCGGCGUGCCGCUGCCCCAACUGCCAGGAGGCCGAGAGGGGGGGGCCCUGCCCCGAGGGCGCCAAGCGCAAGCACCUGCACAACUGCCACAUCCCGGGCUGCGGGAAGGCGUACGCCAAGACCUCGCACCUCAAGGCCCACCUGCGCUGGCACAGCGGCGACCGGCCCUUCGUCUGCAACUGGCUCUUCUGCGGCAAGCGCUUCACCCGCUCCGACGAGCUGCAGCGGCACCUCCAGACCCACACGGGCACCAAGAAGUUCACCUGCCCCGUCUGCGGCCGCGUCUUCAUGCGCAGCGACCACCUGGGCAAGCACAUGAAGACGCACGACGGCGGCAAGGACGGCGGCGAGCCCGAGGCCAAGGGCGCCGGGGAGCCGCCGGCCGGCAAGGGAGGCAAGCGGGAGCCCGAGGGGGGCAACGCCGCCCCCACAAACUGAGCCGCCGGGCCGGGGGCCGGUGCCGGCGGGCGGCCCCCCCGCCCCCUCGGGGCUGGUCUCCGAGGGGCGCGGGGCCGCGGCGGGGGGGGCCGGGCUG